GCAGCUUCAUUCGCAUCUCCUACCAGCAGCGUCUUUGCUCUUCACCCCGCUUCUCACUCAUACUCUUCACAAUGCGUUUCUCGCUCGCUCUGCUUGCUCUCCCUGCUCUCGCGGCUGCGGCUGCCGUUCCCGGCGGUGGCAAGGGCGCCGGCCAGGCGUGCAACUCUGGCCCCGUCCAGUGCUGCAACGAGACGACCACCGUCGCGAACGCGCAAAAGCAGGGUCUCCUCGGUGGUCUCCUCGGUGUCGUCGUCGGCCCGAUCACUGGCCUUGUCGGCUUGAACUGCUCGCCCAUCAGCGUCGUCGGCGUUCUCACCGGCAACAGCUGCACCGCUCAGACUGUCUGCUGCGACCAUGUUACUCAGAACGGUCUCGUCAACGUCGGCUGCACGCCCAUCAGCCUCUGAGUAUGCAUGGACUCGUUGUGCGAACUAUCUAGGACUCUAUAAUCUACCGUAGCAUGUAUCGUGGCCUCUGAAAAAGCACGUUCGUUGUUGUCCGC